UCUCUCUCUCCAUCUUAUGUAAGUGUGUCCUGGUCUUACUGCAGCCCACAACAGUCACCCUGACACACAUGCAUGCACUCUCUCUGAGCAAAAGUUUCAUUAUCAUUAAGGUCAGGUCUGUGUGUGUGGAGGGGGUGGGCGGGAGAGAGAGAGAGAGAGAGAGAGAGAGAGAGAGAGGGCAGAGGAGUCCGCGGAGGAGAAAAGGAGGACAGAUCGGAGGCAGAAAGCAGGAGGCGCUCCUUGCAGUCAGGAGGAUGCUGCUCUGACACGCGGAUCGUCUCUGAUCCUGACCGCGACCUGACCGACUGACUGCAGAUCAGCCAGCUGACAGACCCGAGAGCUCGUCUCCUGCACAGUUUCUCCUGCUGUACUCUCAUUUGUAUAUAUAUAUAUAUACACCCUCUCUCUCUCCCCUCUGGACCGGCUUUUGUCGCCAUGCCACCGGCCGCCUGCUCGGUCGGGUACCGACUCCGCAUCACCUUGUCCGCGGUGCUGUGGAUCGGGCUGCUGUGGAGCCGCGUCUCAGCAGGAGAUAGAGAAGUCACAGCCACAGCCGCCCCUUCUACUGAGUAUCCGGUGGUGACACCAGGGAGCACAAAGGAAAGCAGCCCCAGAGGUAAUAUCUCCAGUGCAAUGGCUGGAGGUUUGCUACAGUCUGUGCUGACUCAGAAAGGACGACUUCUCUCCCAGAAAGGGGAGAUCCUCCCGUCUUCUCUCCCCCAGAACCUGCUCCCUCUUCUGGGCAGAGGACUCAGCGUCAGCUCCCUCCCUGGAAGUCAUUCCCUGGAGCAUCAGAGCGGGGGAUCACCGAGGAGGGUAAAACCCCCAGCAUCAGCUGCAGUGUCAGGCCGAGGCAGCGAUCCAACUGAGCCUCUUCCUACAGACACACACUCCCAGCUGCCUCACACUCAGACACGCCCCCCCGAGCAGGAGGCGGAGAUCACCACUGCGGGCACGAUGCUGGACGUGGACACUGAGACGGGAACACCCUCAACAGCUUUGUCGAGCUGCAUGGUGAAUUUCUCAGACCCAGAGGGAUACAUCGACUCCUCUGACGACCCCCCUCUGCCGGACGGCACCUUCUUACACUGCACCUACACAGUGACCGUGUACACCGGCUACGGCGUGGAGCUGCAGGUGAAGAGCGUUAACCUCUCGGAGGGCGAGCAGCUGUCCAUCAGGGGUGCAGAUGAACGAGGCGCCGUGCUAGUCCUGGCCAAUCACACGCUGCUGGUUGAAGGCCAGGUGAUCCGCAGUCCAACCAACACUCUGUCAGUCUACUACCGCUCCACACCGGAGGGAAGCAUGGGCCUCUUCCAGCUGCACUAUCAGAUCUUCAGGCUGAGCUGUUCGCUGCCGAAGAGGCCUCACUUUGGGGAAGUGUCCGUGCUGGACCUGCUCCCUGGAGGGACCGCUCGCUUUCACUGCCACAUGGGUUACCACCUGCAGGGGGUGCCGCUGCUCACCUGCCUCAACGCCUCCCUGCCAGUGUGGAGCGGGAAGGUGCCGAGCUGCAGGGCUCUUUGUGGCGGCACAGUGAAGAACGCGACAGUAGGGAGGGUGCUGUCCCCGUCUCCCCACCAUGGGCCUAAUGCCACCCAGGACCGCUCCUGUUCCUGGUCUCUGGAGGCACCCAGGGACCAGAGGCUGCACCUCCACCUGGAGAGACUGGCCCUGGGGCCCACUGACAGGUUGGUGUUGUGGAGCGGGCUGGACGCUGGCUCCGUGGUGCUGUUCGACUCGGGGCGGGGUGGACAGAUACCCUUUGAGGGCGUGAUCAGUGAAGGUCCAGCUGUAAGGAUCCAGUUCAUCACCGAUCAGCCCAACCACAACACAGGAUUCAACAUCCGCUAUGAAGCUUUCGAGCGGGGCCACUGCUACGAGCCAUACCUCCAGAACGGGAACUUCACAACCUCCGACCCGUUGUACGGGGUCGGAGCUGUGAUUCAGUUUAACUGUGACCCGGGACACUCUCUAGAACAAGGCCCGCCUGUUAUCGAGUGCAUCAGUGCGAGGGAUCCAUACUGGAACGACACAGAGCCGCUCUGCAAAGCACAGUGUGGGGGCGACCUGACUGGUCCAGGAGGGGUGAUUCUGUCUCCAAAUUGGCCAGAGUGGUACGGAGAGGGAGAGGACUGCAGCUGGACGAUACAUGUCGGGGAGGACAAACGGGUGCUGCUUGAUGUACAGCUACUGAACAUCAGCGACAGCGACAUGUUGACCAUCACUGACGGCGAUGAGGUCACGACUCGUAUCCUGGGGCGUUACGUCGGAGGAAGCAGCCCCUUCAAGCUCUCCUCCACCACCCCCGACCUGACCGUCACCUUCCACUCCGACCCUGCGGGGCUCGUCUUCGGCAAGGGCGAGGGCUUCAUCAUCAACUAUAUGGAGGUGUCCCGAAACGACUCCUGUCCAGACCUGCCUGAGAUCCAGAACGGCUGGAAGACGACAUCCCACAUUGCACUGGUGCGAGGGGCUCGUAUCACCUACCAGUGUGACCCCGGUUAUGACCUGGUGGGACGAGAGACCCUCACCUGCCAGUUAGACCUCACCUGGAGCUCCCAGCCCCCCUUCUGUGAAAAGAUCAUGUACUGUUCAGAUCCCGGCCAUGUGGAUCACUCCACCAGGUCUCUGUCCGACCCUAAACUCCUGGUCGGGACGACCAUUCAGUUCAGCUGCAACCCGGGCUUCAUCCUGCAGGGCGGCGCCACCAUUACCUGCUACGGCCGCGAGCCAGGGACCCCCGUGUGGACGUCUCGACUGCCUCACUGUGUUUCUGAGGAUUCUGUUUCCUGUGAAAACCCCGGCCUCCCUGACAACGGCUACCAGAUCCUGUCCAAGAGGCUCUACCUGCCCGGCGAGUCACUCACCUUUGUCUGCUACCAAGGCUACGAGCUCAUUGGAGAGGUUGCUAUUAAAUGCAUCCUGGGAAACCCGUCGUUUUGGAGCGGCCCGCUUCCACUCUGCAGGGCCAACCAUGACUGCUUUGGCAACCAUGCUUUGGAAGUUGCAGAGGCGACUGCAGGCUCCACUCUGGAUGGAGGGAACAUAGCGCUGGCUAUCUUCAUCCUCGUUUUUCUGCUGUCCGUGCUGCUCGGAGGGGCUUAUGUCUACGUCACACGGUGCCGAUAUCACUCCAACUUAAGGCUUCCUCUUAUCUACCCCCACCCUUACCGACAGAUCACUGUGGAGACAGAGUUUGACAACCCGCUCUAUGAGACAGGAGGGGACACUCGUGAAUAUGAAGUAUCGAUAUGAGAAAACAUUUCUGAACCGAGACCGACCGCCCCGUCCCGAACUCUUCAUCCUCUCCUCCCUCCUUCUCCGCCCAGGAGGAGGCGAUGUAAAUACAAAUAGAUGAUGUCCAGCCCCCUUCCGGCAUGAGACGCAGUGACUGAUCCUGUUCUCUCCUCCUUUUGACGUGACAGCUUCUGAGGACAUGAUGGGAAAUAGGAGAGGAGAUGAGACGAGUCAGUGUGUGGAUCAGAGAUAAAGGGAGAUGGAGGACGGACGGGAAAGACCCAAAGAUCACCUAAGAACGCCGGACUAUGGUGAGGAAAGAGGAGAUGGUGGGUGGGAAGUGUGAAAACAGAAGUUAAGGAGGGGAGAAGGGGAAGGAGUCGGGGACAGGACACAGUAUGAGGAGAGUUAUAAUCCUUAAGAUUUUCAUGAAAUCAAACUUAACUUUUUAUACUAUUCAUGAUCGGAUUCAUUUCUGCAAUUUAAAUCUGCUAUUCAAUGAAUUUACAUUCAGUCAUUACCUCUUUAUAUAGUAGUUGUCAUUGUUAGUGGCAGAGUCGGCUGUUACAACAGGCACGAGGGAUUCACAGGAGACGAGGCAGCAUGUAAUCCAGCGUUACUGUUUUAAGUUUCAUUGCCUCACUGUUUACCGUUCACUCAGUGCUGUGUUAGGCAACAUUUUCUACAGCUGCUGCUUUACAUUAAAAGGCAAAACGAGACACGGGGCAGCGUCACAGCAGUCGGCCCAGUUUUAAAUAUUUUAGGGAGUGAGCUGUUAGAUGAAGAGCGACAGGGCUGCACACCUAGACGUUUCUCAGCAAGGGCAUGAUGGACAGUUGGAGGCAGAUUAUUAACUGAUUUAUUUUAGCAUUUGUUUGUCUACACUGUAAUCAGAUGCACCAGAAUUGACCCUUCGCUAAGCCACGCCCCAAACACAGCGCAGUAUAGGACUCGCUCUAACUGAGGUCCGACACUUUCAUGGCUGCGCUCCAUUGACUCUAAUGCAAAAAGAGUCGUUUUUCUAACUUUCAUUUGCUGUAUUUUUCAAAGAUCUGGUCAAACGCUGUUCCUGGGAGGCUGAAAGGAGGAAGUGCGAUUUAUUCUCUUUCCAAAACCUAAAAUUAAUCCAGAAAAGUGUCGGCUGUGGAUUGUCCCUAAUGUAAUGUUAGUUAGCUAACGCUACCUAACGUCCUACUGCACGUAAUAAUGCCCUACUGUUCUGCUUUUUAAUGAUUGUAAUAGUGAAUAGAGGCCUUCCCAGCUCUAUAGCAGAAUUUUUGCCUUGUGUAACUCGUGCAAAUAAACACAACCCGCGAAUAUUCCCCUUAAUCUGGUUUACUACAGCGGUAAGAACCCAAAAUGAACAUUUUUUCUGUGAUAUCAUUGCAAUAAACGUAUCAAAGCGAUGCUGAAAUACCGUGUUAGUGCGAAUAUAAGACGACCCUCAUUGUAAAAUCUAAAGAUGUUUUUAUAAAGAAAAUAAUUUUGUUUGAAAAUGAUUCUAAUAAAAACACAUUGAAAAUAAAAUAAAACAAGGGAGGUUGUUGUUUUUAACAUCUUUUAAAUAAAAUAACUUUUUUCUAUAUCUUUUUAAAUGAAACGGUCACAUUUAAAUUACUGCUAAAUAGAAUGUAAAAUGUUAUUUAAAUGUGACCGUUUCAUUUAAAAAGAUAUUCAAAAAGAUAUUUUAUUUAAAAGAUGUUAAAAACAAAACAACCUACCUUGGCAUCAUAACUCCUCCUCAGAUGUUGGUUAACUUGACCGUUAAGCUAGCUAGCAGCAGACACCAAUCGUGAGUCUCGACAGACACUCCAGUUCCUUCUCUGCUGCUUUUUUCUUUUCGACUCUGCACAUUUAUGUUUCAGAUUCAUGAAGCUCCCGGGAUCACAUGCUCGCCAGUGUUUCUCCCGCCGCUCGGCGCAAAGGCUUUACACUGUGAUCACGUCACGCACAAUUGCUUUUCUAGGCUCUGAGAAAGUUUUAAAAAAAUAUAUAAACUCCAUGGAUUAAAUAAUAUAAAGAGUUAUAAUUGAGCUUGAUUGCAGUUGCAGGUGUCCUGUCUCUUUUUAUACUGGAGCUAUAUCAGACGGCGGGCCAACGGGAGAUUUUGUGUAUUUAAACGAUCCCCAUUGAGGGAGGAUCCAGUUUUUUGCUAAAUACUUCUACAGUUUUCAACAAAUGAAACAAAUUUUGUUGCCACUCGUACUUUCGCACAUUUGCUAUUUAUCGGUAACUUUGUCCAAGUUAGAUUUUCCAGCAAUAGGAGCAGGCCGCUAUGUUUGGGGCCCAACGCACAUGACGUAUUUGCAGUAAUCAUCCAAUAGCGUGCUUGGAAAAGUGCCAGAUAGACAGAAAUAACCGGAAAUAAAUAACGCCCCAAAGCGAGUUAACUGUAGGUUAAAUACCUCAAUAAAUCAUCAAUAAAUCAACAAGGGAACUCACGCUGACACGUGUAUAUAGUUUAUAUUAUUAUUAUUGAACAUUUCUAUGUGAACAAAGCUAAAAAAACACAAGAUUAAUGUUGUAAUCACAGACUAUAAACAUUUCGUAUUCAGCAUUUUUUGUGUUGCACAGUAGCUUCAUUGUACUUGUUGCCUGUUGUGACAUCUUGGAUCUGGCGACUUUAAAAUCACAUAUUCCCUGAAACUGCAGAAACAGCUAGAGGAUAGGUUAAUGACAUCUCUCCGUCACCAUCAAGCGGGAAGCUUCGGGUCAGAGAUCUGAUGCGAACACAGAAGUCCCUGAAACCUGCAUUCAAACUUGCGGCUUCAAAACGGCAGUCCACAAACCAACGGGUGACGUCAUGAUGACUACGUCCAUUUCUUAUAUACAGUCUAUGGUCAGUAUCUUAUUGGUUCCACUACUACAGCAGGCUGCCGCGUUAAAACUUUAAACUAUGAUUUAUGGAAAAUGUGCAAGAAUUUCAAGUGGCAACAAGCAGAAUCUGAUUAAGAAUAAAAUAAUCUCCACAACUUUAAAAAUCUGGGUCCUCCCUCGACGGGGAUCAUUAUUUUCUAAAACUAAAGCAGUCACGCGGCCUACGUCCGCCGCCUAGAGGGGGAAAACGAUUUUUCUGUUGUUGGCGAGCGGUCACUAGGACAAAGAUCGGUAUCAGAUCUACUAAUACAUCCGUGGUCUGAACACACCACUGUUACCUCUGUAAACACGUGUCGCACAAUCACCUGGGACUAAAAUCUUAAGGAUUACAACAUUGGAAGCAUCUUGGGGAUGGUGGAUUUUGUUUACAUCCACACUCAUGCGGCACCAUCUCUUGCCACAAAUUGAUAAUAACAGCACGUAAAUAAUGGUCAGCGGCUUCCCUUUUCUUCCUUUCUUAGUAAGUCCGACACAGGAUGUCAGCUGUCUCCUGUCCCCGAACACCCUCCUGCCGGCAGUCACCUUCAAGGCUUUUAACUCCAGCCAGUCCGGUUCUGGCUUUAGCUGUAGUUCAGUGGUAUUUAAAUCUAUGACUUCAGGGCCAGUGCAGUACCGAUGUCUUAUUUCUCACACGUACUGUAGUUAGAUUGAUAACUGUCGUAGACCGGCCCCGGAGUCCCCCAGGUCCGGACCGGCUGCUGAUUAAAAAGGAAAACAUGCAUUGUUGCAGAUGUGGAGGCUGCAGUGUGAAUAGCGUAGCUGUAGUUAACUGACCGAUCUUCGAGUGCAAGCUCAAUCAACCCCACCAGAUGAUGUAUUUAUUUUGAUGUACUGUAUAUGUGAUGUUUUAUGCAGAUUGAUAAAUGUACAUUUUCAUUAUGAGAAGACAAACGUUAACAGUUUCCCUAAAUAAAUGGUAAAACUUGAAUAAAAAGUACAAAAUACUUUGUAAA